AUGGCGAUUGUGGAAGUGUGCCAUGGAGGCAAAUGCACUCGGAGAGGUGGAGGAGCGAUGCUUUUCCGUGACAUCGAGGAAUGCACGGAAACUUUCGUGACUGCGAGCGGCUGCUUGAAAAAGUGUUCCAAGGGCCCCAACUGCAGAGAAAACACGGAGCACAAGGUUUUCAAGGGCCUUAAGAAGUUCAGCCGUGUCGAAGCGAUGCUGGCAGACAUCAUCCCUGGUUUCGAGAUGAAUGAGCUGCAGCGAAAAGUCUCGAAGCUGAAGUUUGCCGCUCGAAGGCCUGAGGAAGCAGCAGAUCGCAUGGACAACAUCAACAAAGCCUUGUCCCUGCUUGGCCCGGAGAGAAGCGCCGCUCUUCAAGAACCGAGGCUCCUGGCGCAGCUGUUGGUGAUGCGAUCUCAGGAACUCAUUCAAACCGACGCCAACAUGGCAUUGCUGGAUGCCCAGAAAGCCGUGCACCUUUUGCCUGCCUGGGCCUUCGGGCAGGUUGCUUUUUCGCAGGCCCUCCAGGCACAUGGGCGAUUCGGAGAUGCAGCUCUCGCCAUGCAAACUGCCCUUACCAUUGGCCGUGGGAUAGACAAGAGAGCUCUCAAGAAAGCGCUAGCCAAACUGCAGAAGCAGGUCGUCCCAGAGCUGGACGUUUGCGAUCAUCGGGUCGCAGAUAUCGGCACUGAGGAG